AUGAAUACUAGUGCUUCACAAUAUUAUGGUCUUCCUUAUGAGGGUCUUUGGCCAGACGAAUCAUCGCCAGAAUGGAUGAAUAAAGGAGACAACGCAUGGCAACUCACGGCAACAACCAUGGUGGGCAUGCAGAGUGUCCCCGGCCUUGUCAUUCUCUACGGAGGAAUGGUCAAGAGGAAAUGGGCCGUCAACUCGGCAUCCACGGCCCUAUAUGCUUUUGCUAUGGUCCUCCUCUGUUGGGUCCUCUGGGCCCACCACAUGUCGUUUGGGCCCAUGUUGAUCCCGCUUGUCGGAAAGCCUGGGUUCGCCCUAAGCGAGACCUUUCUUCUGCACCAAUCCAGACUCGGCCGCGUCCCGAUGGCCGACUUUGUCUACUACCAGUUUGUUUUUGCUGCCAUUACCGUGAUAUUGCUUGGAGGGUCAUUACUUGGGAGGAUGAAUUUUUAUGCUUGGAUGCUCUUUGUUCCGCUUUGGCUAACCUUGUCUUACACUGUGGGAGCUUUCAGUGUUUGGGGCAAUGGAUUUCUUGAGAAGUACAUUAUUGACUAUGCUGGUGGAUAUGUGAUUCAUCUCUCUUCUGGGGUUGCUGGCUUCACUGCUGCCUAUUGGGUGGGCCCUAGGUUGUCAAACGACAGACAACACUUCCCUCCAAACAACAUAAUUCACAUGUUGGGAGGUGCAGGGUUUCUGUGGCUUGGGUGGACUGGCUUCAAUGGAGGAUCUCCAUUUGCAGCAAACAUAAUAGCAUCCUUAGCCAUUCUCAACACCCAUAUCUGUGCUGCCACAAGCCUCUUGGUGUGGGUUUCCAUGGACCUAGUGGUCUACAAGAAAAGCUCUGUGAUUGGUGCUGUUCAGGGCAUGAUCACUGGCCUCGUUUGUAUCACACCCGGUGCAGGGAUUGUGGAUCCAUGGGCAGCAGUACUAAUGGGAGCAUUAUCCGGUUCAAUACCGUGGUAUACAAUGAUGGUGUUGCACAAAAAAUCAGCCUUCUUCCAAAGUGUGGACGACACGUUGGGGGUGUUUCACACCCAUGCUGUGGCGGGCGUGUUGGGAGGGCUCCUCUCUGGCGUCUUGGCUCGUGCCAAUCUUCUUAAAAUGAUGUACUCUGACAGUGUAUUUUAUGCCAUCUCUAGAGGGGGACUCAAAGGUACCCUCAAACAAACGGGCUACCAGUUGAUCGGAGCGGCUUUUAUAACUGCAUGGAACGCUAUCAUUACGAGCUUGAUUUGCAUAUUCAUCAGUAGAAUAGUUGACCUGAGGAUGAAUGAAGAGGACUUGGAGAUUGGUGAUGAUGCUGCGCACGGAGAAGAAGUUUAUGCUCUGUGGGGCGACGGCGAGAGAACGCCGUCCACUCAGCGCCGCUGGCAUAUGCCCCCGAGGAUCCCUUCUAUAUGCCAGCGCCAGUAAGGAAAUAUGUCUUGUAAUGUUGGAGCUUCAUCAAUUAGGUUUGAAAGCAGUACUGUUGGCU